AUGAUCCACCCCUGCAGAAUAAUCCCCAGGAUAACCCCCCCGAACCCAGUUGGUGGCAGCCUCAUCAACCCAACCCCUGAGGAUAAAAACCCCACCAAAUCAGAGACAGAUAAGGAGGACGAAAGUGACGAUGAUGAGGAGGAUGAGGAAACACUGUUAAAGAUGUUGGAAGAGAAGGUACAGAAGGGGGAGAAGUGGAGCAAGAAGCAAGACAAAUGGAUAAAGGACUAUGUAGACCCCUAUAAAGACCAGGUGGAUGUUAGUCCCCACCUUUUAGAAGUGGCACCAUGUGAGGAUGGGCGCUGGAAGAAGAAACAAAAGAGGUGGCUGGAGGCAGCACGUAGAGCCGCCACCCACCAUGAGAGAGAGAGAGGGGAAAAAGAUCAGGCUACAGCCUUGAUGCCCCUCCGGGUAGUUUAUGACCCCCCGGGACCGCCAGGGGAGAAUGGGGCAGCAGCACCACGCACCUACACAAUCCAACAUGUGCCUUUUUCAACUGCUGAUAUUUGCAAUUGGCGCAAUCAAAACCCCUCCUUUGAGGAGAACCCAGCCAAAAUCAUCAAACUUUUUGAAGGGAUCUUUAAAACUUAUGACCCUACCUAUGAUGAUGUUCAAUAUCUUUGGACUCUCUGUUAA